AUGGCAAGCUUCUUCUCAACAAUUGGAAGACUUCUUGGUCUCGCACAAGACGAGCCUUCUCGGCCAGGCUGGAGUAUACCAAGCUACGAAGAUGUGUGUCAGGCCCGCGCAUCUCUCAAGGCUCUGAAUCUACCCACGGAACUUGUUCUCCAGAUACUGGACUAUGCUCAUUACUGGCCACAGUACGAGUACGUUAGCAAUUUCAGACAACCUAAGGUCGCUGCUGCUCAAGGCGGUCGUCCUUCGCACGCAACUUUGUGUGCAGACAUGGAUGCGUUGAACAACACGACCGUGGAGGAGGUGCUUAGAUAUGGCGAAACAUGCAAAAUCAAGUCUGUCGAAUUCAACAUUGCGUCUCUCGAUCAAGCCUGGACGUCAGAAAACACACAUGGAACGUUCAACACGUCUUCGUGGCUUGAGGUGUCUAUCUUGCGCAAGAUGGACCACACCACUACGGCCGCGACUGGCCCACACCUCUCUCAUAUGCGAUUCAGCGAUCCUUGCGACUACCAUCAGACUGUGUCCAGUCAGGGCUGGUCGCUCAUCAAGCGGCCACAAAGCGCCAAGCAGGGCCCGCAAGACGGCGAAGGCGACUUUGCAUGGUAUCUGCAAGGCAAUCGCGUGGCUGUCGGUCUCGACGAGUAUCGCAUUGUCUGGUCAGUAGAGGGACAAGAGGGCAACGAAGGGGCAGGUAGUGGUGAAGGGUUUUUAAAUGAGCUUACAGAGGGAGAUCGAAUCUUGGUUUGGGCUAGAGCCAAGGUGAGUUGCUUGUUCUAUGAUGGAAUACUAUGA